UAAAAUAAAAUAAACAAUUCACUCCUCCUAACAAGCGAACAAAAGCUUCACUGCCCCCUUGUCUGCAAUGGCGUCUCGAGCUUUCCCACGAGCUCCCCGCCGCUGCUGCUCGCCCUAGGGGCCCCGACGCUCCAGCGGUAAACCCUACCUCCUCCUCCUCCUCCGUCGCCGGGAUGGGGUCCACCUCCUCGCCGUCCCCGCCGCCGCCGCCGAUGAUCGGGAGGGCCGGGAACCUCACCGUCUUCAUCACGCCGCCGUCGCCGGCGAGCACGCCGCGCUCCUCGCGCCCGUCCGAGUCCCCUCGGUCGGGCUUCUCGACCCCGGCGACGGCCCCGCGCACGGCCGCCUCGCCGUCGCCGCCGUCUCCGGCUCCCUCGCCGCAGCAGCAGAGGGUGGCCAGCCCGCCGCCCACGAUCCCGGUGAAGUUCUCCCCGCCUGCGGCUCCGGUGAAGGUCCCUCCUCCGCCUCCGGUGCAGGUGCCCCCGCCGCAGUACGAGAAGGCCUCCGCGGGGGGCAAGCACGACGGAUCGGCGUUUGGUUUCUUCUGGGACGCCGUCGCGCGCGUGCAGGAAGCCCACGCGAGCCUCGACGAGUACGUGGCGAACUGGUUUGGGCUGGAUCAAUCCAAGUACCAAUGGGCUCUCAACGACUACUACGAGAGCACCGGCAAGGAACUCAAACAAUGUCCUUUGUUGCAACACUUGGCAGUUAGAGCAUUGUCAACAUGUAAUGAGGAAGUGGAGUGUGGCAAAGCUGGCAAGCCAAAGGAGCUUACUACUAGCAAAGUGCAGAAAGUUUAGAAGGUCUGUUCACAUGAUAAAACCAGCAGUUCUUUUCUGGAAUUACGCUGAGGAGCAUUUUGCAGCGACUUCUUUCUGGGUUGAAUGUGUAGCUAAGCAAAUGUGUGGAGAAGUUCGAUUUGUUAGAUCUUGGGGGCGUAAAGGUGGUUGUCUGUUUUUCAACUGCAUGGAGUCUCUUGGCAGGUUUACGGGCUGCGCUGGAAGGGAAUUGAGACUGCUAGGCGUUUUGUUCACUCCUGCCAGGAUCUCUAUUGUAAUCCUAUGUUAUGACAAAAUUGCAUAUUCGCAAUGCCUAAUAGUGUUUUUUUUUUUUGCCUUC